AUGGAAGCUGGGUGGGAUCCGUUUGGUGACCCUGCCGAUGUUGAUUAUCCCCGCGUGAAAACGAAAGCGGUAGUGGACGAGACAGUGCUGUCGGAGGAGGUACCGCUGGACCCCUGGAAUGAUGUCACCUUUGUUUCCUUGGUGCAAGAGGCAGCUAGGGAGGUUCAGGAGCAGAAAGAGGCAGCAAUGAAGCUUCUGGCUGAACAGCAGGCAGAGGCGGAGCAAAGGCAAGUGGAGCAGGAAGCCCGUCGGCUGAAGCUCGAGCAGCAGGCGCGGGAGCUCGCGAAGCUCAGCCUUCCGGAACGCAGGCAAAAGCUGAAAGAGCGAGAGGCGUACACCGAGUUCGCCAUGGAAGCGAUUCAGCAAGCCCCAGCUUUUGUCGCAGCAAAUGCCCAGCGCAAAGCCAGAUCUCGGGAACUGGCGGAUCCGGAGCUUCCGGAGGAUGCCGACAUGGCUCUGGGGAAGGCUGCCGCCGAGAUUGCUGCGGCCGGCAUGGGUGUCAAGAUCAACUUCAAGACCAGGGCCCAGGCCACCUGUCCGAUGGCUUUGCUGUUCCCGGACCAGAACUCCAAGAGCUUGAAGAUGUUGAGAGGCCUCCAGGAGUUUCCUGGAGCCCGGCGUCUCCGGGAGACGGCGCGCGCGCUCCUGGACUUCGACCCUCUGGAGGGGCCAGGCUUCCAGGGCUUCUACGAGCUCCUCCGUGGCCCGGAAGGCUGGCUGGAGCACACCCAGUACUGCCAGCCCGUCAUGUACGUCACUCAGCUAGCAGCCGUGGAGAAGCUUCGGGACAAGAGGCCGGCUGCCUUGGAGCGCUGCAAGGCAGUUGCCGGGCUUUCGCUCGGAGACUUCGCCGCGCUGACCUUUGCUGGCGUGUGGGACUUCGAGACAGGGCUGCGGGCAGUGCAACUGAGAGGGGAGCUCAUGGAGGCGGCGAUGCUGGACAUUCCCCAAACAGCCCUAGCUGUGGCGGGCCUUAGCCAGGAGACAGUGGAAAGCCUCUGUAGCGAAUGCCGGGAGUCUGGAGAGGUUUGCGACAUUUCCCAGCGGCUUUUCGCUGAUGGCUUUCUUUGUGCUGGCUCCGAAGCUGCUGUCGAGCGCUUGCUCCAGCGGGCACGCAGCACCAAGGGCUGCAAGCAGGUCCAGCAAGUGAAGCUGGCUGGGGCUUGCCACACGCCAAUGAUGCAGGAGGCCAGGACGCAACUGUUUGAGUUUCUGCAAAGCUUGGCAGAGAGCCUGAGGCCUCCCAGGCUGGAUGUCUACCUAAGCUGUGGAUCGAAGGUUAAAGCCGGCAGCUCUCCUGAUUGGGCCACUCUUCUCGCGGAUCAGCUUACUCACCCUGCAAAUUGGAUGGACUCUGUGUCUGCCAUGCUCAAGGAUGGCCUCGGGGAGUUCUACGAGUGUGGGCCGCUGAACCAGCUGAAAGGCAUCAUGAAGAGAAUAGACCCCAAGGCCUACAAGGCCACCAUCUCUUUGGACGUGUACAGCGAAGAGUGGCAAAUGCGGCCGGCCGGCAGCUUGCCACCCCGUUGGGCACCUUGGCCGGUGAAGCUAGGCUUCGCGCCGGGUCGGGUGCCAGAGCCUCCUGUUCUUUUCUUGGAACCUGAUGCUCGGCUGAGCCUUCUCUACAGUUGGAUGUACUCUGUGACGUGA